UUAGCCCCACACUCGGGGCAUCACAACUGUUGUAGUUCAGAAGAGAGUAAACCGGGAUUCCCAAACUUUGGCUUUAGUCUUGAGAUGUAUAUGUUUUUUGAUGAAGGAAUUUAAAUGGUACUUUUAAAAAAUAAAUUCUGCUAUACAUUUUAUAAUACAGUUAGCACUUCUCAGUUGACAUGUCCUCACCUUCCGGUCAGAAACCUGCUCUCAAGACUCCGGGUUCUGGGCAAACCAGGUUUCAGGUGACGGAGGUAACGGAGUUAGGACCCGCCACAUCUGGAGAGCGUAUUGCCGCGGGGACUGAUGGAACUGUGGGAACAACAGGCAGUAAAGUGCCGGCAGGUGGAGAGGAGUCAAAAGGGAGAUUUAGCGUGGUCAAGUUUGUUGAAGGGACAGAAGCAUCUGAUGUGGCUCAGAAUGGUGACACUGUCAGAAGCACUGGCAGUCAUCGUUCCUCUGCAAGCGGUCAUACCAACAUUUCGGAUACCCAUUCAAAUACUUAUUAUUUGCGAACAUUUGGCCACAACACCAUUGAUGCUGUUCCAAAUAUUGAUUUCUACCGACAAACAGAAGGGCCUCUAGGAGAAAAGUUGAUACGGCCAAGUCUUUCGGAGCUCCACGAUGAACUUGACAAGGAACCCCUGGACGAAGAUGGCUUUCCUAUUGGGGAGGAGUCUACUAUUGCCGAGGAGGCUGCAGCUAAAGAGGGAACGAAGGACCAAGCGAAGGGAGGAACUGUCAAAUUUGGCUGGGUCAAAGGUGUCCUGGUGCGUUGCAUGUUGAACAUCUGGGGUGUCAUGCUCUUCAUUCGCAUGUCAUGGAUCGUGGGACAAGCCGGCAUCGGUCUGACAUGUGUUAUUAUUCUAAUGGCAACUGUUGUAACAACCAUCACUGGACUCUCAACUUCAGCAAUAGCAACCAAUGGGUUUGUUCGAGGAGGUGGAGCUUAUUACCUCAUAUCAAGAAGUUUGGGUCCUGAAUUUGGUGGCUCCAUUGGUCUCAUCUUUGCCUUUGCUAAUGCUGUGGCCGUAGCCAUGUAUGUUGUGGGCUUUGCGGAAACUGUUGUUGAGAUGCUCAAUGACGUGGAUGCCCUUAUGACAGAUGAGCUUAAUGACGUCCGAAUAGUGGGCACACUCACAGUCAUCCUCUUGCUAGGCAUCUCCGUGGCAGGCAUGGAGUGGGAGGCAAAGGCCCAGAUUGUGUUAUUGGUCAUUCUUUUGGCUGCCAUUUUCAACUAUUUUAUUGGAACUGUCAUACCAAUGGAGUCAAAAGAGCCCAAAGGCUUUUUUGGCUACAAAGCGGCUAUCAUGAUGGAGAACAUGAGUCCAGAUUUCAGAGACGGGGAGACAUUCUUUUCUAUGUUUGCAAUCUUCUUCCCGGCUGCAACAGGCAUCCUGGCAGGUGCCAACAUCUCAGGAGACCUUACAGAUCCUCAGUCAGCCAUUCCAAAGGGAACUCUUUUGGCCAUCUUAAUAACAGGAAUUAGUUAUGUGGCAGUGACUGUUUCUACUGGAUCUUGCAUUCUUAGAGAUGCCACUGGUGAUCCAAAUGACACCUCUAGUGUUGGCGACUUGAACUGUACAGAUGCUGCCUGCACACUUGGUUAUGACUUCUCCAUUUGUAAGGAAGGUGGCUGCAAGUUCGGGCUGAUGAACGAUUUCCAAGUUAUGAGUUUGGUGUCUGCGUUUGGACCUCUGAUUACUGCUGGUAUUUUCUCAGCCACGUUGUCCUCUGCCCUGGCCUCUCUCGUCAGCGCCCCAAAAGUCUUCCAGGCUUUGUGCAAGGAUAACAUCUACCCAGGUCUCCAUGUCUUUGCCAAGGGAUAUGGAAAGAACAAUGAACCUCUUCGGGGUUAUGUUCUUACCUUCUGUAUUGGUCUGGCCUUCAUUCUCAUUGCGGAGCUAAAUGUCAUCGCCCCCAUCAUUUCAAAUUUCUUCCUGGCCUCAUACGCAUUGAUCAAUUUCUCUGUGUUCCAUGCGUCUCUGGCCAACUCCCCAGGGUGGCGCCCCAGUUUCAGAUAUUACAAUAAGUGGGUCUCACUUGCCGGAGCGGUGCUGUGUUGUGCUGUCAUGUUUGUUGUAAACUGGUGGGCUGCUCUUAUGACCAAUAUCAUAGUCUUGGCACUCUAUGUUUAUGUCAGCUAUAAGAAACCAGAUGUUAACUGGGGCUCCUCAACUCAAGCUCUGAUUUAUAACCAGGCCCUGACACACAGCCUCCUUUUAACGGGCGUAGAGGACCACAUCAAAAAUUUCAGACCCCAGUGUCUGGUAAUGACUGGAUACCCCAACGCCCGGCCGGCUUUACUGCAUCUGGUGAACGCAUUCACCAAGGAUGUGGGCCUCAUGGUGUGCGGCCACGUUCGCACCGCUUCCCGUCGGCCAAACUUCAAGGAGAUGUCUCUUGAUCAUGCCCGCUACCAACGCUGGCUGAUGAAGAACCGCAUCAAGGCUUUCUACACCCCUGUGUUUGCUGAAGACCUGAGACAUGGAGCCCAGUACCUUUUGCAGGCCACAGGUUUGGGACGUUUGAAACCCAACACUCUGGUGAUGGGCUUUAAGAACAACUGGAGUGAUGGCGAGAUGAAAGAUGUAGAAAUGUAUAUCAACAUUAUUCACGAUGCCUUUGACUUGCAGCAUGGUGUUGUCCUCAUCAGACUACAGGAGGGUCUUGAUGUCUCACAUAUUCAAGACCCAGAUGAGCUUCUGUCAUCCCAUGAGAAGAAGGAUGCUGGUAUGAAGGAUGCGGUGGUGUCCAUCAACAUGGGGGGUAAAGAUUCUGAGGAUGGUCCACCAUCCCAAAUCACAAGUGCUCAAAACAGCCCCCUUAUUCUCAGAGAGACAAAGAGCAGUGCCAAACCACUGAGCCUAACAGACCAGAGGCUACUGGAAGCCAGCCAGCAGUUUAAGAAGAAGCAGGGCAAAGGCACGGUGGACGUGUGGUGGCUUUUUGACGACGGAGGUUUGGCUCUGCUAAUUCCAUACUUGCUUACCAACAAAAAGAAAUGGAAGGAUUGCAAAAUACGUCUCUUUGUUGGUGGGAAGAUCAACAGGAUUGACCAUGAUCGCAGAGCAAUGGCAGCUCUACUCAGCAAGUUCAGGAUCGAUUUCUCUGCAAUCUAUGUUCUUGGGGACAUCAACACAAAGCCAAAGAAACACAAUGUUCUUAGUUUUGAGGAGAUGAUCGAGCCUUAUAAGCUGAAGGAGGAUGACAUGGAGCAGGAGGCUGCAGAAAAGUUGAAAGCUGAGGAGCCUUGGAGGAUCUCAGAUAAUGAGCUGGAGCUCUACAAAGCUAAGACUAACCGACAGAUCAGACUGAAUGAAUUGCUGAAGGAACAUUCCAACUCAGCAAAACUUAUUGUUAUGAGCAUGCCAUUGGCUCGAAAGGGAGCAGUGUCCAGUGCCCUCUACAUGAGCUGGUUGGAGACUUUGUCAAAAGACCUGCCUCCUAUUCUCCUAGUACGGGGAAACCAACAGAGUGUCCUUACCUUCUACUCUUAAAAAGCUUCUUGCUCUCCAUUUAACUGACCAAAAGUUUUUAUGGAAGAGGAGUCAGUUGGGUUUAAAGAAGUGGGUGUAAAAUGUGCCGAAUUUGUAUGGAACUAAUUACUAAUUGUAUUCCUUUUAAAUCGUGUAUACAUUGUAGCAGCAUAAAAUAGCAUACAGUGGGGCAAAAAAAGUAUUUAGUCA